CGACGGAGUACGUAAAGUAAAAACAAUUCCUUUAAAUGCGCAGUUAGUCCCUCUAAUACCAUAGUGAGUCGAUUGAUUGCUGUGUGGACAGAUAGCGUUGUAGUAGUUAUUAAUUAUUUAAUAAUUUACAUAUCAUGCGCUUAAUAUAUUUGCUAUUUUGUACGACAUACAGCGGAAAAAAUAAUGUAGAUUUAUAUAUUUACUCGAAUAACGAACGUAAUCAAUUUCACUCCCCUUUGUUCAAACUUUAGGCUUAUAUAACUUUUAUGAUCAUGCCAUUCUUUGCGGUGCGGUACAGGCAUGGAUUUUAAUAUUGCAAAUAUGAAUAUACAGUUAAAUAUUGAAUGUGUAAUGUACGGGGCGCGGUUGGUUGGUGUACAGUGAUGGCUAGUCGUGGUAGUAGUCGUGUUGACAAUGUGUUCGCGAGAGUGAUCCAUGGCUAACUCUGCGGACUUGGGCCACCUCGCCGCCAGCCUGCUCCGGCUCAUUAUAGUGACUAAGUUCAUACGGAUCGGCAUAGCAGAUAAGAAUGACAACCCGCCGUACUUCGACAAGGAGCUGUACGAGGCUGAAGUCGACGAAAAUGAAGACAUUCAGCACACGGUCCUCACGGUCACCGCCAAAGACCACGACGAAUCAUCGCGUAUUCGAUACGAGAUCACGAGCGGGAACAUAGGUGGCGCCUUUGCAGUCAAAAACAUGACAGGCGCGAUCUACGUGGCGGGUGCACUUGACUACGAAACUAGGAAACGGUACGAGCUCAAGUUAGCAGCGUCGGAUAACCUGAAGGAAAACUACACAACAGUGGUGAUUCAUGUGAAAGACGUGAAUGACAACCCGCCUGUAUUUGAGAGGCCCACGUAUCGCACCCAGAUCACCGAGGAAGAUGACCGCAACUUGCCCAAACGCGUGUUACAGGUGACGGCAACUGAUGGCGACAAAGAUAGACAGCAGAACAUCGUGUAUUUCCUCACUGGACAAGGCAUCGACCCAGAUAACCCUGCUAAUAGCAAAUUUGAUAUUAACCGCACCACAGGAGAAAUUUUCGUUCUCAAACCUUUAGAUCGUGACCAACCUAAUGGAAGGCCCCAAUGGAGGUUUACUGUAUUUGCUCAAGACGAAGGAGGUGAAGGUUUAGUAGGAUACGCGGAUGUUCAAGUCAAUCUCAAAGACAUUAAUGAUAAUGCGCCCAUUUUCCCUCAAGGGGUUUACUUCGGUAAUGUCACAGAAAAUGGCACAGCUGGUAUGGUUGUUAUGACAAUGACCGCUAUUGACUACGACGAUCCAGCUGAAAGUAGUAAUGCUAAAUUGUGGUACUCUAUUGAGAAAAAUGUUAUUGAAGAAGAAACUGGUUCGCCUAUAUUCGAAAUUGAACCAGAGACAGGUGUAAUAAAAACUGCCGUGUGUUGUUUAGAUCGCGAAAGGACGCCAGAUUAUUCUAUACAAAUUGUAGCAUCGGAUGGAGGGGGGUUAAAAGGAACUGGUACAGCAUCUAUAAGAGUAAAAGAUAUAAAUGAUAUGCCACCACAAUUUACAAAAGAUGAAUGGUUUACAGAAGUAGACGAAACUGAUGGUACCAAUUUACCAGAAAUGCCUAUUCUUACAGUGACUGUUCAUGAUGAAGAUGAAACUAAUAAAUUUCAAUAUAAAGUUAUAGAAAAUAGUGGUUAUGGUGCUGAUAAAUUUACUAUGGUUAGAAAUAAUGAUGGCACUGGCUCUUUAAAAAUAGUACAGCCGUUAGACUACGAAGACCAAUUACAAAGUAAUGGUUUCCGAUUUAGAAUACAAGUUAAUGAUAAAGGAGAAGAUAAUGACAACGACAAAUAUCACGUAGCAUAUUCAUGGGUGGUAGUUAAGCUUAGAGAUAUAAAUGACAAUAAACCACAAUUUGAAAGAGCGAAUAUAGAAGUGUCAGUCUAUGAAAAUGCAGAAGUUGGUAAGAGUUUAGAAACGUUUAAAGCUACUGAUCCUGAUCAAGGCGGCAAAAGUAAAGUAUCAUAUGCUAUCGACAGAUCUUCAGAUCGAAAACGACAAUUUUCAAUAAAUCAGGAAGGUACUGUAAGUAUACAAAGAUCUUUAGAUAGAGAAGAUACACCUCGACAUCAAGUAAAAAUUUUAGCUAUAGACGACGGAGUUCCCCCAAGAACAGCUACAGCAACUCUUACAGUAAUUGUUCAAGAUAUAAAUGACAAUGCACCAACAUUCUUGAAGGAUUAUAGACCUGUAUUGACGGAACAUAUUACUCCGAAAAAAGUAGCAGAAAUUUUAGCUACAGAUGACGAUGAUAGAUCAAAAAGUAAUGGCCCACCUUUCCAGUUCCGAUUGGAUCCAGGCGCAGACGAUAUAAUCCGUGCUUCUUUCAAAGUAGAACAAGAUCAAAAAGGUGCCAAUGGUGAUGGAAUGGCAAUAAUUUCGUCUUUAAGAUCAUUUGAUAGAGAACAGCAAAAGGAAUAUCGUAUCCCCAUCAUUAUUAAAGACCACGGAAACCCAGCUAUGACCGGAACAAGCACACUUACAGUUAUAAUCGGUGACGUUAACGAUAACAAAAUGCAACCGGGCUCAAAAGAAAUUCUUGUAUAUAACUAUCAAGGUCAAGCACCAGAUACUGAAAUCGGUAGAGUGUAUGUAUAUGAUCUUGAUGACUGGGAUUUACCAGAUAAGAAAUUCUUUUGGGAAAGUACAGAACAUCCUAACUUUACGUUAAAUGAAGAAACUGGUAUGAUACAAAUGAAACAUAAAACAAAAGAAGGAAGAUAUAACUUAAAAUUCAAGGUUUAUGACAGAAAGCAUACUCAAACAGAUGUCCCAGCAAAUGUAACAGUAUAUGUUAAGGAAAUAUCUCACGAAGCUCUAAUGAAUUCAGGAUCAAUACGAAUAUCUGGUAUAUCAGACGAAGAUUUUAUUAGAGUAUGGAAUUAUAAAACGCUUAGCGAUUCCAGAAGUAAAUUAGAAAUAUUUAAAGAUAAAUUAGCAGAUUUGCUCAAUACCGAACGUGAAAAUAUUGAUGUAUUUAGUGUACAACUCCGAAAGAAACACCCGCCUGUUACAGAUGUAAGAUUUUCAGCACACGGUGCUCAUUACUACAAACCAAUUAGAUUAAAUGGUAUAGUCUUAAUGCAUAGAGAAGAGAUAGAAAGAUCUGUGGGCAUCAAUAUCACCAUGGUAGGCAUUGAUGAGUGCAUCUAUGAAAAUCAAAUGUGUGAGGGUUCCUGUACUAAUGUGCUUGAUAUCAGUAAUUUACCAUAUAUGGUUAAUGCUAACAAAACUGCUCUGGUUGGAGUAAGAGUUGACGUAAUUGCUGAGUGUACAUGCGGAGCUAGAAAUUUCACUCAAGCAGAAACAUGUCGUAAUUCACCAUGUUAUAAUGGGGGUAGAUGUAUUGAAGGCAAAUAUGGUCUAACAUGUUCAUGCCCACCUGGUUAUACAGGGCCACGGUGUCAACAAACAUCGAGAAGUUUUAGAGGCACAGGCUGGGCAUGGUAUCCUGCUUUAGAAAUGUGUGACAAUUCUCAUUUGAGCUUUGAAUUUAUAACACGAAAAUCGGAAGGUGUGUUACUCUACAAUGGGCCUAUAGUGCCACCUGAGCCUGAUGAAAUAAUGGUAUCUGAUUUCAUAUCAGUAGAAUUAGAAAGAGGAAAUCCCAGGUUGUUAAUUGAUUUUGGUUCGGGCACAUUGGAACUUAGAGUCAAAACCAAAAAGUCCUUGGACGAUGGUGAGUGGCAUAGGAUAGACAUAUUUUGGGACACUGAAAAUGUCAGAAUGAUCGUUGAUUUUUGUAAAUCUGCCGAUAUACAAGAAAUGGAAGAUGGUACUCCUCCAGAAUUUGAUGAUUCAACAUGCCAAGCUACAGGAACGAUACCUCCAUUUAAUGAAUACCUAAAUGUUAAUGCCCCGCUACAGAUAGGUGGUCUAUAUAUUGAACAUUUUGAUCCCACACAUUAUCACUGGCAAUACAUGCCUAUAGGAAAAGGUUUUGAUGGAUGUAUACGAAACUUGAUUCAUAAUAGCAAGCUAUAUGAUUUAGCUCACCCUGGGUUAUCGAGAAAUUCUGUUGCUGGUUGCCCGCAGACCGAAGAAAUUUGCAAUCAAGCGGACACUACAUCAAGAUGUUGGGAACACGGUACAUGUGUUGGGAGCUUUUCUGAAGCAAGAUGUCAAUGUCAACCCGGUUGGACAGGACCGUCAUGUAAUUUACCGACAACGCCGACUAGUUUCAGGCCACAAAGCUAUGUUAAAUUUGCAUUAAGUUUUGAACCAGACAGAUUUAGUACACAAAUACAGUUACGAUUCCGCACUCGUGAACCUCAUGGUGAACUAUUUAGAGUAAGCGACCAACAUAAUAGAGAAUAUGGAAUACUUGAGGUGAAGGAAUCUCGAUUACACUUCAGGUUUAAUCUAAACUCUUUGCGAACUGAAGAGCGCGACGUAUGGUUAAAUUCUGUUCCUGUCGAUGAUGGCCAAUGGCAUAUAGCUCGCGUUAGUCGAUAUGGAAGUGCAGCAACCUUAGAAAUUGAUGGCGGGGAAGGAAGGAGAUACAACGAGACUUUUACCUUUGAAGGCCAUCAAUGGCUAUUAGUAGAUAAACAAGAAGGUGUAUAUGCCGGUGGAAAAGCGGAAUAUACAGGUGUCAGGACAUUUGAAGUAUACGCUGAUUUUCAAAAAGGUUGUUUAGAUGAUAUCAGGCUAGAAGGCAAACAUUUACCUUUACCUCCAGCAAUGAAUGGUACCCAAUGGGGACAAGCAACUAUGGCUAGAAAUCUUGAUCGAAACUGCCCGUCUAAUAGUCCAUGCAUCAACGUCCAUUGCACAGAGCCUUUCGUAUGUGUCGAUCUAUGGAAUGAAUAUGAAUGCACGUGUCCGGGUGGAUCGACUCGCGCGUCCGGAACUUGCGUCAACAUAAACGAGUGCCUGAUGAGUCCAUGCCGCAACGGGGGCUCUUGCAUCGACCGCGAGCCUUCGCGCCGCUACGACUGUGUUUGCGCGUUCGGCUACACCGGCCACGACUGCGAACUGGAGUUGCUUGCCUCAGGAAUCAUCACACCAUCCAGGGAUUUCAUAAUAGCUAUCAUUGUCUGUUUAUUUUUGCUUUUAGUACUUGUGCUCGUGUUCGUGGUUUACAACCGGCGUCGUGAAGCCCACAUCAAGUAUCCGGGUCCUGAUGAUGAUGUACGUGAAAAUAUCAUCAACUACGAUGACGAGGGAGGUGGCGAAGAUGAUAUGACAGCCUUCGAUAUCACCCCACUUCAGAUACCAAUCGGUGGCCCCUUACCCGAUCAUGCACCUGCAAAAUUACCAUAUCCGUUGAUGGGUGUCGGACUUGGAGUGGGGCCCAUGGGAGUGGGAGUGGCGCCAGGAGUAGGAGUUCCUUUGCCAGGGGAGACAAACGUCGGAAUGUUCAUCGAGGAGCACAAACGACGCGCGGACAGCGACCCCAACGCGCCCCCUUUCGACGAUCUACGCAACUACGCCUAUGAAGGCGGCGGCAGCACAGCCGGCUCAUUAUCUUCGCUCGCAUCUGGUACCGACGAUGAAGUGCACGAGUAUGACUACCUUGGCGCGUGGGGCCCGCGCUUCGACAAGCUCGCCGACUUGUACGGCCCUGAGCUUGACGAGCAACUGUAGGCGAUCGCUCCAUACCCCAGCCGUCGCGAACUAGGCGACGUAAUUUAGUCAAUUGUCUCCCACUAUCCUACCCUCUAAGCCACUCUAAGCCUGCUAUCUCGGCCGCGGCACUCCUUCGUGAGGCCGCUAAGUUUAAUUUUGUAAAUAAACAAACGGGACGACUACAACGCUCGACACGACUUGUAAUUCUUAUCAAUUUUAUACGACUUUAUUUGUAGUAGAAAAUAUGUUUAGCUUAAGUACCUACUCAUUUAAGAUACUUAUAUAUAUAUUUAAUUGCGUAAUUUUUAUAAAGUUUAAACAUAUAUCUCCACCAAAUAUUUGAUAUAAGUUUUUAUUCGAUUUAGCCAUAUUAUGAGUCAGUAUUUUAUUGGGAAGUUAAUGAGAUAAGCGGAUUUGUGCUGAAGGGCCAGAAGUGAAUCUGAACGUGGGUGUUUGUAGAUAGUGUGCUAUAAAUGUGAAUAAUUUAUACGAGUAUUUUGUAAGUCCACAGCUUUACGUGAUAUCACAUAAUAUUUGGCCCUUCCGCAUAAAAUCAUUUAAUAUGAAAGAAUAUGUUAUAUUUUAUAAUAACAUAACUAUAAAAUUAGAUAAAAUGUCCGUUUGGAUAUCGAGUUUGUAAUGCUCAUUCAAAAUGUGAAAUGUAUGUAAAUGGGGUAUGUAAAUACAAUAAUAACGAAACAGCUACCCCUAUUAACUUAAUUAAGUAUAAUUUAUUGUAAUAAGUAAUUCAACUCUAUGUUAAGUGAACUGUACAGUAACUGGUGUUCCUCUCCUAAUGUCUCCGUGUAGUGCUAGCUAAUUAGAAUUAUCUGGGAGCGAUUACGGUCUACUCAUAACUGUAGGUAAAUAAUUAUAUAAAUAGUCGUGGAUCAUGAAUAUUUUCAGUUGUGAUGCGGGUUUGUAUGUGGCAGUGUAAAUGCGACUUAUGAAUGCACGUGUGUAUGACUAGUUGUAUGUAUGGAUAUGUUUGUGUAUGUGUGUGUGUGUGUGUUUGUGUGUGUGUGUAUGUAUGUGGAUGUGUGUGUGUGUGUGUGUGUAUGUAUGUGGAUAUGUGUGUGUGUGUGUGUGUGUGUGUGUGUGUGUGUCUGUCUGUGUAUGUAUGUUCGUGUGUGUGUGUGUGUGUCUGUGUGUGUGUGUGUGUAUUUGCGUGUGUGUGUGUGUCGCAGAUCUUUCGAGAUACCGCGUUGAUAUGAAUGGAGGGACUGUGCCAAUUUAUUAGCAUUAUCGAUGCAGCUAAUGACGGUAGAGGUAAGUGUUUGCACUUUAUUUAUUCGUAUGUUUAAAUAUAAAUUUAGUCGCACCUAGGAAAAUAUCAAUAACUUAUUAAGAGUGUUGUGCUAGAAUAGUAUUCUACCGAUUUUGACGUGAGAUAGCUGUUGAGACCAUUAGAAGUCACUAAUUUAUAAAAAAAAUAAUUUUUAAGGAUUUAUAGUAAAAAUAAUUUAAAUAAACAAAGGUUUCAGGCACUGUCUCACUUCGACAUCGAAUUACGAUCAGUGUACAUUCUAGAAUACACUGAAUUGCGUUAAAUGACUGAUUUAAUUAUGCGUUUGAAAGCCUAAGAUUUUGUAGAUUCGGUUAUUUAAUUAUAGACUUGAAAUACCUUAUUCUAAGGUCACCCACUAGUUUGCACUAAAGACAAAUAUUUAUUCAAAUACAUCAAUAUUAAAGCAAUUCUCGUUAAUUAUUAUUCAUAUAAGUAGACAUUUAAUACCUAGUUAGUCACGGUUUUCAUUACCAUUUAAGUUUCAUUAAAUAUCAUUACACUGCCAGUAUCAUAUAUAUAUAUAAAGACGAAUUACGAUAGUUGUUUGGUCCGUUUUUUAUAUUUCAGUCUAUACAACACAUUAUAUUGUAAGUUUUUGGACUCUUUAUAAAUGAUACUUUUCCACAACACUGUCGUUUCACUAUGAAACUUCGACUCCGAUACACGAUAAGCUCUGCGGUAUUUUUCAAUGUGUACUUUCAUUUUUAGGUCCCGCUUUAUAAAUGUUAAAAGUAGAUUACAUAAAUAAUUAUAUACUUACAGGUCAAUAAUAUCUAGAUAGAGCGUAUACAACAGCUUUUGUUAUAAAUCUUAUAAUUUAUGACCAUAUUAUUUUAUCAAUAUUAGUGUUUGUACACUCAAUCAAAAGGUUUUAAACACUCAGUAUAAAAAUCUAGAUAUAAUAUAUAAUCAAUCUAUGUAAAAUACUUUCUAUUUAUUCAUAAACGUCAUCCACAUGAUACCGUGACUCGACGUAUCUUCGCUUCUGUGAAGUUAAUUAGAAAAUUUAUAUAAUUGUAAUUUAUCUACUACAAUAAUUAGAGGGGGACCCUUCAUAACAAUUUGUAUCUUAAUCUUCCAAUUCCGCACCCAACUGUUAUAUCUUCGCAUUAUAUCACUAUAGCAAAUUGGUUGUUUUUUGUAAAACUUGUACCAAAAAUUGCGAUAAGUUAUAGGAUGGUAACAGCUGCGAAUUGCCAAUACCGCGAGAUUCGGCUGCUUACUGUUCGAUUGUUAACACUGCGCUACAAAUAGGUCGUACAUUACUUUAAUGUAAUUUAUAAAUCAAUAUCAGUAAUUUUCGAUAUUUCAAUGAAUUGAUACGACACAGUAAUAUAUUACAUAUUUUUUACUUAAGUAAUUUGCUGUAGUCGAAUUGUUAGAAUGGAUAUAUUAAACUUGACCGUAAGGUACCAAAGUUCAUCUGUAUAUUUGUUGUUGAUCAUUUUAUAAUAAUUAUGAUUAAAUACUAUUUGUAUCCUGCGACUUUAUUUGCGUAAAUUAGAAUGAGUCUCUAGUAUGUUAAUCUAGCGUAUUAUGGUUUAUCCUUUUACCAAAUUUCAUUCAAAUUCGUUCUGAUGUUUAAACGUGACGAAUAAUCAUCCAAAAAUCUAUAUAAACAUUUAUAUUUAUCAUAUUGGUAGGAUUUAUUUCAAUGCAGUGUUAACAUCCAAAUGUAAGAUUAAUCUCGAUGGAAUAAGAUCCAUUGUUAUUAAGCUAUUUUGUAGUUAUUACCAUCUUUAUACACGUACACUAAAAGAGCCAGCAGAGCACACAACCCCAGUACAAAUAAUAAACAGGUGUGACCAGAAGGCGCCGCGCCGGCGCACUGUUUAUUUUCAUUUAGACAUUAAUUAAUUACCUACCAUAUAGUUAUGUUUUGUUUAAACUGUGAUUAUUUAGAAAUACAACUCUGAUGAUUACAUAAAAGAAUGAAUAAAAAUAUUAAAAAAAAAA